GGCUUUGUUCAACCAUAAACAAAGGAUGGCUGAACAACUAUGUCCCCUGGAUCUUUCAACUAAACCUCUUUCAGGUUUAGCCAUGAAGCUGCCUAAAAGUGCACCUUAUAACAUGCCGAAGACUGUUAUAAAGGUAUCAAUGAAGUCAAGAUCCCAUUCCUGCGAGCCACACAGUGACAAAAUAAAUGACCACAGGACAUAUCUCCCAAGCCAGCAUGUGGAGGUGGAGGUAAAUGUUGAAGAGCUAGCUCCACCUGAGGCCUCUGCUGCUACCCUUGAAACAGUCUAUCAACCUGAAGAAACUUUUCUCCCAAUUGAAGACCCGAAGCCCCAGGAGAUUAUUCUAAAUGUUGAGAACUCGGCAGAGGUCUUGCCUUGUGAUGGAUUAGUAGAUGUACUUUCCUAA